AUGGAGGAUGAGCUUGUUGAUGAGCUCUAUGAUUAUGAUGAUGAUGGUAAUGAUGUUUCAUCGCCGAUUGGCUCGGAGAUGGUGGGAUUAUCGGAUCAGUACGACGAACUCAAACGGAAGAUUAUAAACGAAGGCACUGAUCGAAAGUUGGCAGAAAAUGUCGGCCUGAUCGAAUUUUACAAGAUCGGAAAGAUGGUGGGAUUAUCGGAUCAGUAUGACGAACUCAAACGGAAGAUUAUAAACGAAGGCACUGAUCUAAAGGUUUUCUCGAUCAUGGGGAUGGGAGGGAUCAGAAAGACUGCUCUUGCAAGAAGAGUUUACGAAGAUCGAAAUGUUGAGAACAUUUCGAUCUUCGUGUCUGAGUUGUAUUCCGUUCCAGAAGCAAUUGAUCAUGAUGAAGUUGUACGGAUGUUGAGAGAGAUUUUGAAGGGGAAAAAGUAUUUAAUUGUAUUGGAUGAUGUUUGGGGGAGCAAAUAUGUGGAGUAUCACUUGCAACAAUCUUACAAAUAUGAAAAAAAUGAGAUGAAAAACCCUUUUCCUGACCAAAGAAAUGGAAGUAGAGUCUUGCUCACCACAAGGCUGCAUCAGGUGAAUGAAAUAAAUCAUCGAUUUAUUGAUGAUUUAUCGGUGCGAUUGUUGAAUAAACGAGAAAGUUGGGAUCUUCUUCGCGAGAAGGUGUUUGGUGAGGAGUCUUGCCCUUUUAAACUUGAGAAAUUUGGGAAGAAGAUUGCUGAGAAUUGUGACAGUCUUCCUCUUACAAUCGUGACGAUUGCUAGCCUCUUGUCUGAGGUAGACAAGACUUUGGAAUGUUGGAGCGAGAUUGCAACGCAUAAAAGCCAUCAAAUUUUCUUGGAGGCGUACGAGAGUGUAUCAAAGGUACUUUUGCCGAGCUACAAACGCCUUCCUCGCGUGUUGCAAAUGUGUUUUCUUUAUAUGGGAGUUUUUCCGCGAAAAUAUGAAAUAUCAUUGUCCAAGCUCAGUAAUAUGUGGAGAACUGAUGGAUUUCUUGAUUUAAAAGCACACAAAAUUUCUUAUCCUACUGAAAUGGAGUAUUUGGAUGAGCUUGUUUCUAAUAGUCUCACCAUCAUCCACCACACAACUAGAGAUUAUUCACCAUUUGGUGGGAAACAAAUUAUGAAAACUUGUCGCCUCCAUUCUUCGUCAUGGUAUCUCUCUAACGAACAAGGUCGUAAGGCUAAGUUUUUCAUGUCUUAA